CCCAACAAAGUUUGGACAACAGUGGAGGCAGAGGGAGCCUGAGGAAAGGCGACAGACUCCAUCACACAGAAAAGCCACGCAAAUCAUACCGACGACUCGUGGAGACUGUAAAUUCGUGUCUGCAGAGUGUCGGGGUUAGUGGCACAUUUUCCUCAGGUCGAGUAACAGGAUGGUAACUGGUCCCCGGACCGCUGACUCGCCUGAGAGUUUUUUGCCGCUGUAGCCCGCUUGCCUCUCCAUCUUCUCCAAUUUCUGGAGCUGGCUGAGGACGGCUUAGGGCCAGCCCGUAAACAGUGCAGCGCAUCAGCAGGUGGGUUAAACAUGAAAGUUACAGUGACCUUCGGACGGACUGGCGUGGUUGUGCCGUGCAAGGAAGGAUGGACUGUCCGUGACCUUAUCCAUCAAGCCACGCAGAGGUACAGGAAACUAAUGGAACAGGAGGGCGACUUCCUGGUGCGGACCCACCACGUGGAAUACUGUGACGGGGGAAUUCUGGACCCCGAUGAUGUGCUCGCCGACCUGGUGGAAGAUAAGGACAAGCUGGUGGCAGUGUACGAGGAGCAGGAGGCCCAGCAGAGGGUGCCGGCAAGCCUCGGCGGCGGCGGUGGCAUUCCCGCUAACAGUGGAAGCAGAGCCGGACAACCCAGCCCCGAACCCUCCGACUCCGAACUGUCCUGCUUCCAGCCAAUCAGAGGAGGGGAGAUUGAAGUCAACUCCUCCGCCCUCAAAUCCAACACUCCUCUGAUGGUGAGAAGCAGCAGUGACUCUGCUUUGGGACCCGUGGGAGAGAACGGAGCCCCACGCAGCGAUGACCUAGAUGACAGGCCACCUCCUCAUGACGCGAGGACCGGUGUGGAGGAGCGCGCUGUACACCUGUCCCAAAGCAAAGCCGCGACCUUCACUAACAACAGUCUCUUGAAGAAAGUGGAGAUUUCAGGAGAGCAUGGGCCGCUUGGGAUACACGUGGUGCCAUACUGCUCCUCUCUCAGUGGAAGGGCUCUGGGCCUGCACAUCCGCGGCGUGGAGGAGAACAGCCGCUCGAAGAGGGAGGGCAUUUUCCAGGACGAGGAGUGCAUCGUCAGGAUCAACGACACCGAACUAACGGAUAAGUCCUUCUCACAGUCGCAGGACGUGUUCCGGCAGGCCAUGCGCUCGCCUCUGGUUCGUUUGGACGUCCUCCCCCUAGCCAACAGGGAGCGCUACGAGAGGAACCUCGCCAGCCCCCCAUUCGGUGAGCCCCACGCCUGCGAGGCCCCUCCACCGAGGGCCAGGCCCACGCCGUGGCCCGCGGAGGUGGCCCGCAGCCGUCAGGCCGAGCCCCAGGAGAGCGGCGGGAGCCCAGAGGGCCGCUCACCGGCACCCCUUCCUCCGCAACUCGUCCCUCGGGGCGUGAGCGGCGAGAGCCCCCUCCUCAGGAAGAGCCCGGCACUCCCGGCGCUGGCCGGCUUCGCCAGCAGGAAGGGUGGCAAGAAACUCCGAAUUGACUUGAGGAAAGGUCCAGAGGGCCUGGGCUUCACCGUGGUAACCAGAGACUCAUCUGUGCAUGGCCCCGGCCCCAUCCUCGUCAAAAACAUCCUCCCCAGGGGUGCCGCCGUCAAAGAUGGCCGCCUGCAGUCUGGUGACAGGAUCUUGGAGGUGAAUGGAGUAGACAUCACGGGCCAGACGCAGGAGGAGUUGGUGGCCAUGUUGCGUAGCACUAAGCAGGGGGAGAGUGUAUGUCUGGUGGUGGCCCGACAGGAGGAGGUCUUCGUGCCCCGGGAGCUGAAAGGGGAACCAUCCCAGGCCGCCCUGCGCGAGGAAGGCAAGGAGCAGCUGACGCUGGAGGUUCCCCUGAACGACUCCGGUUCAGCGGGGCUGGGCGUCAGCCUGAAGGGCAACAAGUCUCGCGAGACCGGGGAGGACCUGGGCAUCUUCAUCAAGUCCAUCAUCCACGGAGGAGCCGCAUACAAGGAUGGGCGCUUGCGUGCCAACGACCAGCUGAUCGCGGUGAAUGGCGAGUCGCUCCUGGGGAGGUCCAACCAUGAGGCCAUGGAGACCCUGCGCCGGUCCAUGUCCAUGGAGGGGAACGUGAGAGGGAUGAUCCAGCUGGUGGUGCUCCGGGCCCUGCUGCCGUGUGGUCAGGAACACCCUGACACGCGGAAAAUUCUCAAUCGAUCCUUUGACAGCUGCGUAAGGCAAGCUGGUUUCAGCCCAGCAGACAAUGCUCUGCAGCCGCCCCUGGUUGAGAACAGCACCUGUGAGUGCUGUGUGGUGUCAAAUGGGGGUUAUGGCAAAGAUGAGCCUUUGAGUCCCUCUAGGCAGAACGGAGACACACACGUUGCUUUGAAGCUUCACAACCCUCAGAGUGUGGAGCGGGAGCAGAGCCCUCGCUCCGCUGAAAGCCCUCGGCCCGGAGGAGGCUCCCAGGGGCCGACCCAGUCGCAUCACGUCAAGCCCUCCAAGAGUAUGGACCUGGUUGCGGAUGAAAGCAACAUGGGAGCCUUAGCAGGGCAAAGGUCAGCAGUGUCCAGUGAGGAGCUGGGUCCCACUCUGGGCCUGAAGAAGUCCAGUUCUCUGGAGAGUCUGCAGACGGCCGUGAGCGAGGCCCAGAGGCACGACCUGCUGCCCUUCCACAGGCCCCGCCCUCACAUGGUGAGGGGCCGCGGCUGUAACGAAAGCUUCCGCGCCGCUAUCGACAAAUCAUACGACGGGCCGCCCGAGGACGACGAUGACGAGGGCUCCGAGAUGAGCUCCGGGCGGGAGACCCCUGCCAGCGGUUCCUCACGCCAGGGCACCGGAGACACCGACGACAGCAAAAAAGACAGGAGGAAGAAAGACGAGAAGAAGAAGAAGAAGAAGAAGGACAAGUUGAAAAGCAAAGCGAAGGACAAGGAGAAGAAGAAGGCAGAGGAGCCCACCGAAGAGCCCGAUAAGAAGACCAAGAAGAGAGGGUUCGGACUGCUGAGAUUUGGAAAGAAGAAGGAAGAGAAGGGUAAAUCGGAGUGGAAGGCGAGCUUGGCGAAGCAGGCAGAAAUCCUGAGCGUGGAGGAGCUGGAGAGGAUGAAAGAUGAGCGAGAACGGAUUGAGGCUAAGCACCAGGAGCUGAGAGGCCGGCAGGUGCGAGACCGCUUCGGCCCUCCCAACAUGGAGGAUGACGACGGAGACCCCAAUUAUGCACGCAUCAACGCUUUCAAAGGCCGCCUGUCCCCAUCCCAGGCCCUGUAUGGCAACCGCAGCCCCUCACCCCAGAGGUCGGCCCCUCACAGCCGAGAGCCGUCUGGCGAGGACCCGCUCAACAGUCUCUACGCCAAGGUCAACAAACCGAGAGGCCCACCCCCCCAUGGUCCUGACAGCAUGGACCGUAUCCAGCAGUUGCGAAGGGAGUACCAGCAGGCCCUGAGAGAGGGAGCUGCUCCGGCCUAUGAGGAGCUGGAGGCCCGUCGCCGGGGGCUGGAGCUCGACCCCCGGGUGCCCGUGCGGAGUGGCGAGCCCAGGCUGGUACCCCGCUACGAGGACGUGGAGCGCCAGUACGCCUCCCUGCCCAGGAGGGGUCCGGCGGACACCGACGAGUACACCGCGCAGCCGUGGGCCGGGCACAGGGACCCUGCCCACUACGCCAGCCCUCUGCCAGCCUACCACUCCAGCUACCCUCGCCCACUCGACCCCCGCCAGGGUGACCUGGGUUUCUACAACCCCCCUCCCCCACAGAGGGGUCCCAUGCGGCAGGACGUGCCUCCCUCUCCACCCGUGCCCCUUCGAGCCCCCCGUUAUGACACCAUGAGCCACAGAGGCUUCCGGAACACCAGCCCCGAGCGCUUUGGUUUUGUGGAAGGACGGCACUCUGACCCCAGGCAGAAGAAUGGCAUGACCGCGGCCGUCUAGAUCGCGGCGCUCACAAGUCUGUGUGUGUGUGUCGUGUGUGCGUGUGCGUGUGCGUGUGCGUGCGUGUGUGCGUGCAGCUCACAGAGCACGUGGUGGAGCACAUGGGAGCUCCCACAGUGCUUCAGCAUGGUCCUGAGUGCGGGAAGAAGCAGCAGCGUUUGUGUCUGCUUCAGCCACUACAUGUUAACUCGCGUCCUCCCUGCUGGCCCCGCGACACCAGCACUCUGUAGAACACUCACCAUCUGACAUUUAGCUUCUCUCAUACAUACCCAUAAUUCAUCUUUGGAGGAGAGGACAUUUAUGAAUAAUCAUGUAGAACCGCUGACGCACAUACAAUCUUAAAAUGUAUUUUUGAAACAGAUGAAGGUACUCCCCUCUGCGUAGCUAGACAUAUUCUUUUGUGUUGUUUUGUUUAAGUGAAGUCCAACGGUGUCCGGAUGAUGUAAGAUUGAAAAAGUGAAGAUUAUUUGUCAGGAAGAGGAAAGGAGGUACCCCAGAAACCCUCAGCUUCUCUGCACGGACGACAGGAAGAACGAGAGGAUGGAGGAGAGAAAGGAUGAUCUGGUCUUCCCUCAGUGCCUGGCAGCUUAUAUGAGGGUUUUUUUCCCCUUCAUGUUUGUAUCUAAAUGUACUCCUUAUGUGUGUUUUGGCGCUGCUUAUGUGGUAGUUGCCCACACUGAAUGUACCAACGACUCUCUCUACAUCCAGAGAGCACAUAAUGAACACAUUAUGAACUACAUUCUAGUAAACAUGUAUCAUGUUAAUCACCAGAGCUAUUAAAGGAAUUAAAAGAUGCCUAAUGAAAACAAAAAAUUGAUGGUCCAGCAUAAAACAUUAAUGCUCAGCACAACUGUGUUUUAUUAACCUCUGUUAUAACAGCUCUUUAUUAAAUAUGCAUUUGAAAGCAUCA